GAUUUUCACCGCGGAACCGUAGUACCGGGUCCUUGUUUCCCACCGCACGUCCUCGGUUGCUAAGUAACGUCUGCAGGGGUACUGGAGGUGGCGGCUGCCGCAUCGCUGGAUGCUGUUAGCGUGCUGUAAAUUAAACCGCGUUGUUUUCGGACGCAAAACUGAACGAGCUUUGACGAAGAGGAUGGACGAGAGUACCGAGUUAUCUCUGACCAUCGCCCAGAUCGUGCAGCGGCUGAAAGGAAGCCAUUUACACUCUCAGAUAGAGAGGCAAGCCAAAGAGUGUUUACAUCAACCUGAUAUAAAACUGGAGUCUCUCAAAGAAGACGUACGCAGUUUUCUCAAAACAUCAGGCUGGGAAAGAAAGCUGCAGAAUGCAGUGUACAGAGAGCUGCAUGUCCAGCUGCCCCCGAGCCAUCCCGCGGCUCCUCCAGAGCAUCUCAAAGAGCCUCUGGCCUACAUGCGCAAGGCACAGGCCAGCUGGGAGAAGCGUGUCCUCAAAAGCCUGAACAGCAUGAGUACAGAGCUGGGAGUGCCUCUGGCCCGCAUGAGGCCCGCAGUGGAGCAGAAGGAGCUCACCAACAAAUGGAACGAGAUGGGCACAGAUGAACCAGAUUUAAGCCGCUUUAGGCCAGUUUAUGCCCCCAAAGACUUCCUGGAGGUGUUAAUCAGUUUGCGGAACCCCAACCACGACAGCAGUGAGGAUAUCAGUGCCAGGAGCCACUGGGGUCUCAUCCAGGUUCCCCUCAAUGUCAGGGACAUCCCACAGCUGAGACAGGCCUACUCAGAGCUGAACCUAACCACAGGGCAGUUGGGGAUCGACGACCACGCACACGUACAUCCAGACUUAUUUGAGAACGACUACGUUCAAAUCGGGAAGAAAGUGGUUGCAGAUCAGGACAGUGCAGCAGCACAGCAGUACAGCAGGCAGGGGUGCCCCACUGGGCUCCGGGCAGAGCUGUGGGCCCUCAUCCUGAACUCCACCAACCAGCCACCGGAUGUGAUGCAUUACGAACAGCUGAAGGCUGGAGUCAUACAACAUGACCUGCUGGUGGACAACCUUAUCUAUAAGGAUGUGAAGCUCACUGCCAGUAAUGACGACUACUACUUUGUGUUUGAAGAUUUCCUCUACCAGGUGUUGCUGUGUUUCUCCCGGGACACCGCCGUAUUGGAGCACUUCAAAUACAACAGUGCCACUCCUCCCAAAUCCUACAUCCAGGGGAAAGUGGGAGAGGAGGAGUGUGCUGUCGUUUAUCCUCCCAACGGUGUAAUCCCUUUCCAUGGAUUUUCAAUGUAUGUGGCACCUCUGUGUUUCUUGUACAACGAGCCAUCCAAACUGUACAGUGUAUUCAGGGAAAUGUACAUCCGCUACUUCUUCAGACUGCACUCCAUCUCCUCCUCUCCCUCGGGUAUAGUGUCUUUGUGCUUGCAGUUUGAGCGGCUGCUCCAGACUCAUCUGCCUCAGCUCUUCUACCAUCUCCGACAGAUUGGCGCACAGCCGUUGCGUAUUGCCUUUAAGUGGAUGGUGAGGGCCUUCUCUGGCUAUCUGUCCACUGACCAGCUUCUUCUUCUCUGGGAUCGAAUCCUGGGUUACGACUCACUGGAGGUAGUUGCAGUCCUAGCAGCUGCUGUGUUCGCCUUCCGCGCCGAGAACCUGAUGGAAGUGACGUCACUGGCCUCAGCUGAGGCUGUCCUCGCUGACCUUUCAACCCUGAAGGUCAUGCCGCUCAUCCAGAUCUUUCUGUUCGCCACCGCCAUCUGAGGUGCGCCCACAGCGACUACAGUUUGAGUCGUGGUACGUACACACCAGUUGGGAGGAUAAAGAGACACCACAAAAAUGCCACUUUACUUUGCCAUACCGCACCAAUAUGACCAAUCAUCUAUGAAGAAACACUAGACUAGUGUGGGAUAUCAAGGAAAACCUACACAGGCGUUACACAUCUUGCAGUGGUUCAAACAAAAAGCCAAACCUCUCUAAUGCAUGUAAGCACCAUAAAUACUGAACACCCUGUAUCAUGUUAUUAGAUAUUAUACAGUAUAUAAGUAUAGACCAGUAGGGUUAAGCUAACCUCCAUAAGCCAUAUGCUGUGCAGGAAAGAUGAUACACACAGCAGCGCUCAGAUCAGCUGUGAAGCUCAUUAGGAGAUGAGUUGCAUGAAGCAGUAAUUGUAUUGCGAUAGCAGCGUGCGAGAGAGAACAGUAACGUCUCCAAGCUUGGCUAAUGAAGUGUUAAUUAGCUCUUGCAAUUUAUUCUGCUCUGUGGCUCCUGCUUGUUAUAACACUAUUAGAUAACGCUGUCACUGAUGAAUGAGGAGAUUGGAAGCAUUAGCCUGCGUCAGCGUGUUGGGAGAAACAGUCAAAAGACACAAACUGAAUUAAACUGUAACUCUUACGAUUAGAAGCUGCCGUGUUUACACAUAAUUUAUUGUAUUUAUUACUGCACUCUAAAGGGACAUUUUAGCACCCUCAGUGCCAGUAUUUAUUUUAUUUCAUUGUGAACAUUUUAUGGUUGUUUUUCAAUUUUAAAUUCGGAAUCUAAGGCCUGAAUGUAUUCACCUACUUUGUCCUGUAUUUCUGUUUUUAAAGACAGCGUUUGUCUCCUUUGGUUUAAAUGCAAUCAAACCAUCUUUUCUCAGUUAUUAUUAACUUUGCCAGUCAAUGCCAAUGUCUUUCAUCAACACCUUUUAAUGUUUAUUGCAAACUUAGAUAACACAUUUUUUUUAAAUAAAAUAAAAUUUGGUUGAAUCA